AUGCUAGACCGCCCCAACAAAGAGAAGACACCGCCGAGUCAACCUCGCAUGGAUCCUAAGUCAUGCCCACAACUUCAACACGUUCUGGAUGUACUUCCUACACGAUCAUUUAUGGACACCCUUGUUCAAAACUUUUUCGACAACGUCAACUUUCACUAUUACAUCAUCUAUCCCUCGACCUUUCUAGAUGAUUACCGGGACUGGUGGGCCGAUCGGAUCUUAGGAAACCCCCUUAAGUUACAAUGGACGUGUCUUCUGACUGUCAUUUGCGCAUGCUCCGCUCAAUAUCUAAGUAUCGAGCUACAAGGAAAGGUUGAGCAUGAACUCGGUGAAAAGACCCAGACACUCACAGAACGGUACCACAGUGCUUCAAACGAUCUUUACAGCAUCAUUCCACCUAGAAAAGGUCACUUACAUGGUGUACAAUACUUGCUACACUCGUGUUACUGGUACAAGUCGGAAGCCCGGUUCACGGAGUGUUGGUAUAGCUUAUCCGCCGCUAUUCGGGAAGCUCAAGAGAUUGGUAUGCAUCAAGAAGCUUCUAAGCUCGACAUGUCUGACUUUGAACGCGAAAUGUACCGACGAGUUUGGUGUGUGCUUGAUACAUGGGAUUGGCAAAUGUCUGCACUGCUAUCAAGACCUCUGAUGAUAGAUCGAACCUGUUGCAAGGUCGGGCUGCCCGAGCUGACCCUCGAAGGCACCACUCCAUCACCGCUGUUACACUUGAAAUUACAGUCCGAGCUUAUUAGAAAGCUUUUCAAUCGGUUUGGGUCUACCAAAAAUGUCGUUGAGUCUGCCGACAUUCAAGAGUAUCAGAAAAUGUUGGAAGACUGGAUGGAGAAGUUUCCACCGAUAUUUGACCUCAAUAAUCCGGAUUAUAGCCAGGACGUUAUUUGCCCAUGGAUUCCGCUCCACCGCCAUUAUAUUCACACGAUGGGAUACUCCAUGAUUCUGGAUCCUUUUCGUGUUCGAUUGGCCACAUCCAUCGAUGCCAAAACCGCGACCAACGCUGAGGUCCAAAUAAGAUCAGACGGCAUAGACUACGCUUUGAAGUUGAUGAACACUCUACGUGGGUUCUUCAACCAUGUCUGGCCUCGUGAUGCUAAGUUCCACUUCGUCAUAUUUUCAAUUUUCGACACGGCUGCCUUAUACUCGAGCAUUCUGGUCCACGACAAAGAUGGCUCAGCCCCCAGGCGUCAAGAGAUACUCGACUCAUUUGACAUGGCUCUAGAUAUGAUCAGGCAUUUGAGGACGAUUGCUCCAAACUUUCAACUUUACCAUAAGAUCCUUCGUCGACUACGCAUCAAGGCUCGGGGCAAGGUUCCCAGGAUUCCACAAGUCAAUGAACCUCCACGCAAGUGUCUGAAAACCUCUGGUUCGAAAUCGGCAUCGCCUCUGCUGGAUGCAUGUGCUGCACCCAGCACCAUCUCCAACUGCCAGAGCAACAGCCCUUCUGUUGACUCUCACAAUGAAGCGUACACAGCCUCAGUCACCCGAUUAUCAAACGCCGGCCUUGAACAUAAUCUACUAGGUCAACCAAAUCUUGGCCCUCAACGCCACCACCCCUCUCAUGGCACGGUACAAGCUCAUGAAAUAUCUAUGGUUGGUCAAUCACUUAUGGCCCAGUCCAGUAUGGAUAAGAAUAUCCCAUCUUUAUCGAGCCUUGAUGACGGGGGCUUAGAGCAACCUAUUUUUGCAUCUAUAUCUGAAGAGGAACUUGGAAAUCUAGCCGAAUUGUGGAGAUGGCAAGAUUUGGACUUGGCCAUUAUCGAUCACUCAAACUGA